AUAACUACAUCUCACUUGGUUUCACUGCUCAUUACAUCAGCUGUAUUUGCAAGUACACUCUGAGUCAGCCUGAUUCAUUGGAAACUCUUAUCCUUAGUUAUGGGUGCAUUCAAAGAGGAGUUUGUUUGAUUGUUUUUUUUUCUCUCACUUAUAAUCAUGUUUCUUUAUCAACAGUAUAAAAACUAAUUGUUCAAAUAAUUGUCUUUUAAUGUUACUCUUGAGACAAUGAAAGUACUUACAUGUAUAGAGUUACUAUGUGAUCCUUUUUGUGUGUGACAUCAUCAUUUGAGGUCAACUCAAAGCUUAAUGUCUGGCUUAAUGUUAAAAAAUUGCUUCAAAAAACCCUUUUGAGAUCAACACAAGAAAACAAAAGGUAACAAUUGUAUCAUCAUGGUGCCAACAAAUCAAAUUUCAUCUCCAUCAUCAUCUACUGCAACAACAUCACCGCCAAGUUCAUCUUUUUCAUUGACAACAACAUCUGCCUCAUCUACUUCAGUAGUAGCCUCAACAUCUACCAUGGUAAACACCAAUACCACUAGUUCAUCGAUAACCGAUGUCGAUAUUUUUGAUUCUGAAGAAUAUGUUUUUGAUAAAAUGAGAAUUGGCUCUGCAUCUACAAAAAGUUAUGGAUUAUCUUCCUCAUACUCAUUUCCAUCAGUUCCAUCGGUUACCUCACUGGCUAAUUUUAACAACAAAGAUGGACCAGGUAAAGAGAAAACAUCUUUCAAAGCAAACAAAGGAUCUGAACAAAAAAAAUCAUCAUCUUCCAAAUUAAACGACUCAUUUUCAUCAUCACAUACUUCAUUGGUUUCCAAUCAAAUAUCAAUGGCCAGUACAACUUCAUCAACAUUAACACCAACAAUAGCUUCUACAUCUCCAUCUUCAUCCAUCUCAUCUCCUGUUAGUAAUUCUCAAAUAUAUUCUAUCUCAUCUUCACCUACAAUUGUUAACUCAGAUGGUCAUCCACUUCGACAAUAUAGUCGUAGUCACCAAAGGCGCUUCCACAGAAGGUUCCCUGCCGUCGAUCAACAUGAAAAGCUUAUCGAUUGGUAUUCUUGUGCAUUGGUAGCGGAUAUAUUGUUACAAGGUUAUCUUUAUAUAAGUGAAAACUAUUUCGCAUUCUACUCUAAUAUUCUUGGUUAUAAAACUCAAUUAUUGAUUCCUAUGUGUGAUGUGAUCUCAGUGACCAAGGAAAAAACUGCCAAAAUAUUCCCAAAUGCAGUGGGUAUCUGCACAGAUCAAACCAAGUAUGUCUUUGGAUCGCUUUUAUCCCGAGAAUCGACUUUCAGACUAAUGCAAGAAGUAUGGAAAUCGACGUUGAUUCAAGUCGUCUCUUUGCCCUACUUUUCUCCGGUCAUGCAACUAGACAAGAUUAUUCAAUGUGAAUCAGACAUUUUAAUUGAGAAACCCGAAAAUGGUGAAAGAGAAGAAGACAUAGAAGAAGCUGAAUCAGCCGCAUCAAUGACAGAAGAAUCAUUAACAAAUAACAAUCAAUCAUCUUUGAUUUUUGCAAAGAUAAAACCUGCGCUUCCUGAAGCAAUUAAAUUAGUCUCUUCUGAGAUCCCCUCCAUACAACAAAUACUGUCAUCAACUCAUCAAGAAACCGAUUCCAGUGGAUCAGAUUCUGAGGCUAACCGUGAUACAUCAGCAAUCUUCCAAGACUCGAGUAAAAAUUUAAUCAAUGAAGCGAAAAGCAAACCACAAAAAUCAUAUGGAUCAAGAUUGAUUAUCAAAACUAAAAAUUGGCUAAUCACUUUUAUCCAACCUUGCCAACAACUCUUAUGGAAUCAAAUAACAGAUACGACGCGUUUACUUUUAAUGACGACAACUCUUCUAGUUAUGCUUUUCUUAUCUGCUUUGAUUUUCCUUUAUCGAGUCGAGCAAGUACACAGUGAGUUAUUAACACUUCAACAAAACACAGAAGCCAAUGAUUUUAAUCAAGUGCAAUUAAAGCAAAUAGAGUUGCGAAAGGAGAUCAAAAGGCUUGUAAAUCUACUUGAAAAGAAGACAAUGGAAUUAACCGUUCUUAAGGAAAGAAUCGAAGAGAUUCUAAACUCUUUCAAUCACUUAUCAACUUGUUCAUGAUGAAAUUUGUUUGAAAAUGAUUUUGUCCAUGUCUUGAUUCAAUUACCUGAACAGACAUUGAUCUAAUAUGAACAAGCUGAAUCCAUUGAUGGUCAAUGGAUUGAAAGAUUCAUAACUAAAUUCAAUUAAGGAAACUCUACUGGCAAUCAAUUUGAUCAAAAGAAAAUUUAUCUUAUAAAACAAAAAACCUCCAAGCCAAGUGAACCAAAGAAAAUAGAUCAUAAUUAUUUUAUGAAUUUCAAUUGUGAAUUCUUCCUGUUUAUUUCUCACUACCUUAAUGAGAGAGAAAAUCCUUAGAUUUUAAAGUGGACCAUUAUUUCAUGCAAAGAACGAUUCAAGUUGUUCUUUGUCUACAAGAUCACUUUUAACGCUACCAAGGGCAGAUACAAAAAAAGGAACCUUCAAUCAAACAAAAUUGUAAUUUAUUCUAUUUUAACUAAGUUAGUUGAACUAUAAUUUAUUAUGUACGUUUAAAUUCAACACGUCGGUUGAAUACAUUAAUUUGAAACUCGUGAUCAAAGAAUAAUUUCACCAGUAACAUAUCUGUUAAAUUCGCAUUCAACUUUGAUCUGAUUAAACACGUUUUUCCUCCUCA